CAGAGCUAAUUGUCCUCCGUGGGCAGACCAGGUUGGCUUUCUUUCUCCCCACCCCUCGGCUUGCCUUUCUCCCGACCCCCCACCGCUUGCUUCUUCACCGGCCUCCUUGGAAGCGGGGCUCGCCAGCCUAGACGGACAGACACGUGAGGCCCUCCCGGCCAGGAUUAUUUUCCGCACACCUGUUUCAGGGUGGGACCAAGAAGGGCUUGCUGCUGUGCCCAGCGGGAGCGUCGGCAGGCGGGGGUAGCUGGAGGCGCUCCGAAGGCUGUGAGCUUGUCCAGGCGGCAGAAGGCUCUUUCUUGCCCUCCCCACACCCGGCACCGCAUCUGCAAAGGCUGCCUGUCGUGACCCCGACCUUCGCUCAUGGCGCACGGGAAAGCCAAGGAAGGGGAUGGCAACUGGAAGAAAUUCAUCUGGAAUUCCGAGAAGAAGGAGUUUCUCGGGAGGACCGGAGGCAGCUGGUUUAAGAUCAUUCUCUUCUAUGUGAUCUUCUACGGCUGCUUGGCAGGUAUCUUCGUUGGGACCAUUCAAGUCAUGCUUCUCACAGUCAGUGAAUUCGAGCCAAAAUAUCAGGACCGAGUAGCACCUCCAGGAUUGACAAAUGUUCCUCAAGUACUUAAAAUGGAAAUUUCCUUUGAUCCUGGUGACCCUUCAACAUACAAUAAAUAUGUGAAGGCCAUGCAAGCCUUCCUGAAGCCUUAUGAUUUGGAAAAUCAGAAAGAACCAGAUAUGGAUUAUGAUUCUUGUCCAACUGAACCUAGUGAUUAUAUAGACAGAGGUAAAUAUGAUGAGAGUGCAGGCAGAAAGAAAUCGUGCAGGUUCAAUCGUGCCUGGUUGGAGAACUGCUCUGGAUUAAAUGAUACUAGCUUUGGUUACAAAGACGGCAAGCCAUGUGUCAUCAUCAAGCUCAACAGAGUUCUUGGAUUCAAACCCAAGCCACCCAAAAACGAUUCCCUCCCAGAGGAUCUGAAAGCAAGAUACAAUAACUUUCUCAUUCCUCUCCACUGCUUUGCUAAGAAAGAGGAAGAUGUUGACAAAAUCGGUAUUGUAGAAUACUAUGGCAUGGGAGGCUAUGCUGGAUUUCCUCUGCAGUACUACCCAUAUUAUGGCAAACGCCUUCAUGUCAAGUACCUUCAGCCCCUUGUGGCAGUGCAGUUCAUGAAUUUAACCCAGGAACAAGGGGUGCGCAUCGAAUGCAAGGCCUAUGGUGAGAACAUCCAGUACAGUGACAAAGACCGUUUCCAGGGACGUUUUGACAUGAAAUUUGAAAUAAAAAGAAGCUGAUCUCAGGCAUAGUGCGCGCUCUCUCUCUCUCUCUCUCUUAGCCAUGUAAAAGUUUAAAAAGACAAAACCUACUAGUCUUGAACAAAACUGUCAUACAUAUGGGACCUACAUGUAAUCUAUAUGCUUUACACUAGCUUUCUGCAUUUAACUAAGUUAGAAUGUAAACUUAAAAGUGUAGCAAUAGCAACAAAGAUAUUUAUUCUACUGUAAAUGACAAAAACAAAAUUGAGCCUUGGGACAUGCCCAUUUCUACUGUAAAUUACAAUUCCAUGACUGACUUGUAGUAAGCAGUGUUUCUGCCCCCUAAGUAUUGCUGCCUUGUGAAUUUUAUUUAGUGUACAGUCCUAUAGGUGCAUUACUCUGGUCAUUUUUCAAGCCAUGUAUUAUUGUACCUGUUUUCUACUUUCUGUGAGCAAAGAUUUACUGUCCAAGAUGUAAAUACUCAGUGAGACUAAAACUGGCAUGGUUCUUUUUAAUUAUUUUUCUUCAUUUUUAAAAAGGCAAUGGCCCACCUGUGAGAUUAUUCAACAGCACUCCAAUAGAGCUUCCCCCUCCCUGGUGGUUUUAGGAUUUUAUUUAGUGUGGUGGCAAAAGAAAUUAAUUUGACUUUGGAGCAAACCUCAAGAGUAGGUAAUGGUGUACUGUGCUUUGUAGUGAAUGCUGUCUUUGUCUCUUUCCCCUCAUCCUCCAGUAUGGUGUAUGAGAGACCCGAGUCAGCCCAUCACAUAAGUAAGUGAUGGGAAGAAUUAUUUUGGCUUUGUAUAUUUUCUUCAUUUCCUGCUAGAGGCAUCACAUGCUGUGGUGCUGCCUUUAUUGAAUGUUUUGACCAUUUUCAUGGUGAAAGAAUUUUAUAUUUAUGCAGUUGUACAAUUUUAUUUUUUUUUCCUGCAAGAAGAAAGUGUAAUGUAUAAAGAUAAACCAAAGCCACAUGUUUGAAAAUAAAUCUUUAUUUUGAACUUUAUGAAAAGCAAUGCAGUUACCCCAUCAACUGGUGUCUAAAUGUUGUCUGAAGUGCAAAACUCUAUGUUUUAACAUAUGUAAUAGCCAGGAGUAACAGUGCUCUUGUUAAAUCUUGUAUUUCAGUCAGGUUAAAAACAAUGGACAAUAAACAAAUAAACACA